UAAAGGGUUUGGAUUUUUAAUAAAAUGUGUUCUUGAGAAGUGGUGAACCAGAUCUGAGUCCUGUUUGGGAGGACCGGUGACCCGUCAUGGCGUCUGCCCUGCCAUGGAAACACCAUGGUAACACCCCAAACCUGCAUUCUGUUUCUACGGCAACGGCCCGGAAGCGCGUGGUCACCUGGGCAACGUCGACUACUACUUGCCUGCAGCUGCUCCUAAAGUUUCUUGGCUUCUAGCUAGUUAUGUCAGUGAUUUCUUUACUCUCUAGCCAUUUCUUUACGUAGGUUUAGGUUCCGUACGACUUUUCUUUAUUUCUUAUUACAUUAUUUUAAUGACAUGCUAGGUUUGUGCUUUGUUUGACUCAACAUUUGACUUCCAUCUACCUGAGUUAACCUGAGUUAACGUUAUAGCAAGCUAACAUUACAGCAAGGUUUGUGUGUGUUAAAGCUGGGCUACUUUUACAAUGAGUUCUCAACGGGACCAAGGUGCCCACUCCCCCAGGCUGGAGGCUGUGAUUCAGAAGUUGGAGGAGUCUCUGCUUCACUCUGAUGGCAGCUCAGGAGAGAGGACGCUGACACUUCAAGGUGAUGGAGAGGGGUCUGGUGUCACGUCUGUCUCCACCCGCAUCCGGCAGAUCAUCACACGCAACCUGGCAGAGCAGUCAGCUGGAGCGAGCUCUGAGGUCAGCGAGCUGGAGGAGAACAGGGCCCUGAGGGAGCAGCUUUCUCAGAGCCAGAUGGACCGUGACCAGCCACUAGUCAAACAGCUCGAUCAGAUGCUGAUGCUGGACUCAGACCAGGACAGUGUAUCGCCAGGAUCCCUGCAAUUGCACAUCAAGGAGAGAGCAUACAGGCAAAAACUGCGGGCAUACCAGGAGGCCCAGCAGAGACAAGGCCAACUUGUUCAGAAGCUGCAAACCAAGGUUCUUCAGUACAAGAAGAGGUGUGGGGAGCUAGAAGAGCAGGUGCUAGAGAAGACCUCAGAGUCUGAGAAGAUGAGAUUGUUGCUGCAGGCCCACCUGGACUCAGCCCAGCGUCAGCAGCGGACAGAGCAAGGAUGA